AUUAAAGUUCAAGUCAAUGUUUACGCCCACCACAUCAACAAAGAUAGAUCUCAAAGAUAGAUCUCCAAUAUGAUCAGUUACUUCAUUUUUUAAGUGAGGCCAUCCAGAUCCACACAAAUAAAUUCCUUCCUCAGGUAUCCCCACAUUCAAAGUUAACCAAGUUUUGGCAUACUAUCAUCAUGGCAUUCUUCUCCUCACUCAGCUCAAAAUCCCUUCUCUCUGGGUUUCGAUUGGACGUUUAUGCUAAAAUCACUUUUAUUUAUAUCCUAUUAAGUUUCACGAUGCCAGUAGCAGCAAAUCGACCUAUUCCUAACGAUUAUACUACUGCAGAAUCGGGCAACCCUUUCGUAAAUGGUUGGUAUGCCGACCCAGACACGGAAAUCUACGACGACCUUUUUUGGGUAUACCCAACCUCCUCGUAUGGCUACGAUGAACAGACUUAUCUCGACGCCUUCUCAAGCUCGGAUCUAAUCAACUGGACAAAAUACCCCAAUGUUUUAACCACGGAUAAUGUGACUUGGGCUACCAGAGCCCUGUGGGCCCCCGCACCAAUUUUCAGAGAUGGUAAAUAUUACCUAUAUUUCGCUGCCAAUGAUAUCCAGGAAGGCGAACCGGAAGAAGGAAAGAUCGGGGGCAUCGGAGUUGCUGUGUCAGAUAAACCGGAAGGCCCGUACGUCGAUGCCAUCGGGAAGCCAUUGAUCGGAGAGUACCACAAUGGUGCACAGCCAAUUGACCAGGAUGUCUUCAUAGACGACGUGGAUGGACAGGCUUAUAUCUACUACGGAGGUCACUCACAUGCCAAUGUAGCGAAGCUAAACCAAGACAUGAUCUCCAUCGGCACCUUCGACGAUGGAACACAGUUCAAGGAAAUAACCCCUGACAAUUAUGUUGAGGGUUCACAGAUGCUUAAGCGCAACGGCACCUAUUACUUGAUGUGGUCAGAGGGAGACUGGACUGGUCCUGACUAUUCUGUUUCUUACGCAAUGUCCAACUCGCCUAUAGGUCCAUUCAACAAGAUAGCCAAGAUCUUACAGCAGGAUGAAGCAGUGGCCAAGAGCAGUGGUCAUAACGGCGUCAUCAACGUUCCAAACACGGAUAUAUGGUAUAUCGUCUAUCAUCGCCGCUCGCUAAGCGAGACCGACGGUAACCACCGCGUACUAGCAUACGAUCGCAUGUACUUUAACAAGGACGGCACCAUUGAACCUAUCGAGAUGAUGGUCAAGGACAACUUCGCGAACGGGCAAAUGUUCAACUGGAAAACAUCGGGCGGUGAUUGGUCGGUGGUAAACCAAAGACUCAACGUCGCUCAAUCGGAAAAGGCUUUAGCUGCACUCGACACGAAUUUUUCAGAUUUGUCAUUUAGCGCUACCGUCAGCAUCACAGAAGGUACCGGCAAUGCUGGGCUCAUUUUUCGGACCACCAGUCUAGAAUCCGGAGCCUACGGUUAUUAUGCAGCUAUCUCCACGGAGGGCAAAGUCAUCCUGCGGAAAAACGACGAAGGAACUUGGACGCAACUCGGGCAGGCGGAUAUUCUAUUCUCAUAUGGACAGGAGUAUCCGCUCAAGGUCAGAGCCAUCGGCAAUGAAAUCAGAGUGUACGUUGAGGAUGGUUAUGGUCCUAGGAUCACUGUUGAGGACGAUUCAUUCACCCAUGGCGCAACCGGCUUGGGGUCUUUCAAUACCAGUGCGGUAUUUGGCUUCGUGUUCGCAGGGAAAUCCUAUAAUUAACUUUGUUUGCUUAUUAGGUAUUCCUGAGUUGUAGGUAAUUAUCAGUUCAUUUCAAAAUAUGUAAUGAUAGAAAUGAAUAUAACCC